AUGUGGCUGGAGAUCUUGAAGUUCCUGCCAGCGGAUUCCUCAGGGAUUCGUCAGAGCUGGGAGUCUGGGCCAUGCUUUCUCCAAGCCGAGGCUGUAGAGAUGUGCAAAACUCGGGCCGCAUCACGCAGCUUCGUAGAUGCCAAGGAGCCUCUGAGGUUCAUUAGAGGUGACCCAUGGGACCACUCAGAGACUCAGCGUUUUGCUCGUGAGGAUUUGGCGGCGCACUUGCUGCAUGUUGCGGACCUCACCAGGACGGACACCCUAUUGGUGGAUUGCGCCGCCACGCACCAGAAGUCACCCAACGGCUAUCCUGGCGAGCAUCAUCUGCUCGAAGUUCAGCUGGAUGAGACGAUGCGAGCGCGCCGGGACUGUUUGAAGUGUCUUCAUCGCUUGAGCGACGUGUGGUUCGAGCACGCCCCGAUGUCCAUGCACAUCAUGAUUCGGGAUCUCGUGCGAAUGGCAGAGUUUAAUCCGGACGAAGAGUGGGGGCUGUUCACCUCAUCCUAUGCGUUUGUUCUUUUGCGUGAGAUCGUUGUGCGAAAAGAAGGAUUUCAAAAUUGGCUGACUGCACAGCCAGUAUCUGGAUCACCAGCGAUCUUGGCUACUAGGAAAUGCCACCCACCGCGAACUUUGAGCUUGAUCAAACCUGGAAAGGUCCGAAACUACAGAUCGAUGUAG